AUGACAUCCACGUCAGCCGGCUCCAGCGCCUUCUUCGUGCUCUCGCUCCUCAGCAUCUGCGGCCUCGUGCUGCUCCUCCUGCGCUACUACCUCCCGCUGCGCACCACGCCCGCAUACGUAACCGUCCCCGUCUUCCUCGCAAUCGCGCUGCCCGCCAGCAUCGUCGUGCUCCUGCCCAUCGACCUCGCGAGCAGUGCCGGAACAGACACCGAAGGCGCGCGGGGAAUCUGGCUCUCCGACACGGUCGUGUACAAGUCAUGGCGCAUCAUAUACUGGCUCACGUUCAUGUUGACGUGGGCGAUUCUGCCCAUGCUCGGCGAGUACUGCGACAGCGGGUAUAGAGAGCCCAAGGCGCGCGGCAUGUAUGCGAUUCGCAGCCUGGGGCGGUAUUGGGCGAUGAUGCUCGGUGCCGGGAUUGUCGGAUCCGUGUAUUUGAUAUGGUGGAAUGGGCUGCAUUUGGAGACGUUUAAGAGCUUGGUUAUGGCGCUGGCAUAUACGUGGGGUCUGAUACUGGGUAUCUAUCUGAUGGGCCAUGGACUCGUGGCUUUUCCAAGGAGUCUGUUCAGAUAUGCCAAUGUUAGUGAGCGGUUGAAGAGGAUACAGAGUCAGGCCCCGAAGACGCACGAGAAGUUGACCGAGGCGCUGGAGAAGCUGGAUCAGUAUGAAGGCCAGGUCGUGCAAUUGAAGCAGAGGAAGAAUGGAGUCACGAAGGAGUUUCAGGAAUGGAUUGAUGAAAUGGCGGAGAAGGGGAGCUUGCCUGAGAACAGAGCUGGAGGUGGAAGGGCAGCGGGUACUUCGACUAUUCCGUCAGUCAUCACGGAGGGGUAUCUUGCGGACCUAGCGAGGAAGUUGAAGAGAGCACGACACGCGAAAUUACGGUUCGAGAAUGAAUGGGAUCAUGUCGUGGCGAAGGCAGUCCGAACCCAGGCUAUUCUCGACUCGAAGGCUAGUCAACGUCUCGAGUUCAAGAGCUCGCCAUAUCAAUCGUCAAGAGGUCCCCUUGAUCGCAUCAUAAUCCUCACACCCUACACCAGGUACCACCUGCACGCCCAUAUUGUACCCGCCCUCACAUACGCCACAUGGGGCAUCACGGUGCUUGCAUCCACCGCAAUCGUCUGGUCUGAAUGUGUGCGCGAAGCCCAAGACUUCGGCGGCCCUAAACUUUCCCUCAUCGGAUGGACAGUCGUGCAUCGUCACGCCUCAGCACGCAGUCAGAUCGGAUUCGGCAGCCAAGUUACCGCCGCAUUUUGGUUGUGCUAUAUGUGCAUCUGCGCAUUCUACAGCCUUACGGAAGUUAAGAUCUGGGGAAAUCGCGCACUCGUCCGACGAAACACAUACCAAGAGUCCGCGACCUGGUACGGCCUCCAAGUCGCCAAACUCACCGUCCCACUAUCCUACAACUUCCUUACCAUGACGGACCCUAGUAUCUGGAAAGAAACCAUGUUCCACAAGUUCCUCGGCAAGCUCAUCGACCUCUCCCCACUCGGCAAAGGCUUCAGCUCCUUCUUCCCAAUCUUCAUCCUCGUCCCCGUCCUCGCCACCGCCUUCGGCCUCUAUGGCAAGAUUAAAAACAUCUGCGGCUUCGGCGACCUCCUCGACGACGAAGACGACGGCAGCGCAGGCAAUUACGCGGGUACCGGGUCGUGGCGCGAAGGCCGCGCGCUCAUCGAACGCGAGCUUCAGGGCACGAGUAACAACAGCCUCGGCCUUUCGCAGCGCAACACAUCGCCGCCGAACGAGCGCUUCACCGAUGCGCCAUCGUCUGCGCCGCUAUUAGACCAGCCGUCAUCAUCGCGCCCUGAACGCACGCGCCGCAGACUCGGUCCCGAAGACGAAGAGGACACGGGUUUCUUCGACACGUUCGCGACCAGGUGGAAGAACACGUUUGAAACGAAGGAUUUUAGCUUCAAGAGGCCCGCGUGGAUGGGUGGGGAUGAGGAUGAAGGUACGCCGGUGAGGAGAGAGGAGGAGCGGGGGAAUGGAUUUUUAUCGUUGUUUGGUGGACGGGGGGAAGAGGGGAGGGUGAGGUUGUGA